UCUGCUCUUCGGCAGCUCCCGUAACAACGCUCCGUCUGCACAGAUCGUGACGUCACCCGCAGACUGGCUGCAAUCUAGCCGGCGAACACCAAGUAUCGUGAUCGCACCCACUGACUUGAUUCAACUGUGCGAGGUGAUCCAAUGAACGCCGCAAAACACUCACAUCAUUAGAUUCCUAGGACUGACGAUUAGCACAUCACGAAGGAUUUGCAGGAACAAUCCUCCUCCUAUAGUUUAUAAAGCCCUGGAAUCCAGGAAUGUCUGAAGGUAUUGUUGAGGUGGAAGCUCUUGAGGUUCAGCCAGAUGAUCCUCAAAAGGAUAAUGAGGAAGCUGAGGCUGAUGUAUCUCACAAGGCUAUAGAGGAUGCCGAGUACGCUGAGGCUGACUCAAAGUUUCACCAUGUCACUACAGUGAGGAACACCAUGUUCCAAUGUCAACCAAACGAGACUAAAAUGGCCCAGGAAUCCCCGAGAAACACAGCCGCUGAAAUCUCAGUGACCAGUAACAGAGAUUCAGAUGACACACGUGAAGAUGUUUUCCAGAUGGACCUGAAACAUGGCAUGUCUGAAAACCACAUCUCUUCAAGUAGCUUUGGGGCCACGGCAGAGGGAAUCAUAGAAGCAGGGCCAAAAAAAGACAUGAUGAAAGUUGAACCUGUAAGUGGGCCAGUAGUUCUUUCAGAUGACCUUAAGAAUCCUGCAAUGGAGAAGCUAGAGCUUGUGAGAAAAUGGAGCAUCAACACAUACAAAUGCACAAGACAGAUCAUGUCGGAGAAGUUGGGGAGAGGUUCUAGAACUGUGGACUUGGAGCUGGAGGCACAGAUAGAAAUUCUGCGUGACAACAAGAGGAAGUACGAGUAUGUGGUGAAACUGGCGCAGACCCUGGGAUCACAGCUCUACCAGAUGGUGCAGACCCAGAGGCAGCUUGGAGAUGCUUUCGCAGACCUCAGUUUAAAAUCGCUCGAGCUCCACGAGGAGUUUGGCUUCAAUGCAGAGACACAAAAACUUCUGUCCAAAAAUGGGGAGACGCUCCUAGGGGCCAUUAACUUUUUCAUUUGUAGUGUGAAGACCUUGGUAGACAAAACCAUUGAAGACACCAUGGUCAACAUCAAACAAUAUGAAAAUGCCAGGAUAGAGUACGAUGCAUACCGUACAGAUUUGGAGGAGCUUAAUCUUGGACCUCGGGAUGCCACUACAGUUCCAAAGAUUGAGCAAUCUCAGUAUGCAUUCCAGGCAUACAGAGAGAAAUAUGAAAAAAUGCGCAAUGAUGUCUCUAUUAAACUGAAAUUUCUGGAAGAAAACAAGGUAAAAGUAUUGCACAAUCAGCUGGUUCUCUUCCAAAGUGCUAUUGCGGCUUACUACGCCGGGAACCAGAAGCAGCUUGAACAGACGCUCAAACAGUUCCACAUCAAGUUGAAAACUCCCGGAGCAGACACCCCAUCCUGGCUGGAAGAGCAAUAAUCACACUAGAAACCACGCUGAUGACCAGCGAAUCUAUUGAUCAGUUCAGUAAAGAUAGAGGGGGUGGGUAGGCUUAGAAAGGGAAGUGGAAGUGUAGGGAAGAGAAGGUUAAAUUAACAAAACAAAAAAAAAUGCAUAUUUUUCUUUUUUGUUUCUUCUUUUUUUUUUUCUUUGUAGAAUCAUAGCAUUUAAACAAAGAAUAUUUGUCAAACAAAUGAAUUUUUACUCCUGAAAACUCCAUUUGUUUCCCGUUUUUAUAUGUGGGGUAAUUAAGGAACCAUCUAGGGACAUUUUGCACUGAAAAGAUUUUGUGAUCUUGUCUUUGAUUAAAUUGUCUUUUGUUCAGAUGUUGAAAGCUUGUUCUAGGAUUAAUGUUGGCGUCUGAAAUUAAAUUUGUAUGUUAAACGUGUUACAAAACAAAGUCGGAGCAAUAUGAAAAUAAAUCUUCAUUCAGCUCCCAUUCUGCCUCACCGGCUGCUGUUGACAUGCAAACUGCACUCCAGAUAACAGAACACACUUUUAAGUAUGCUGAACUCGCUUCAAAAACGAGGGCCGUUUGCAGUGUCUCGACUCAGUGGGUGUUAACAUUGAGAUCUGUUGUGUGUUUAUAUUAACAGAAGGUGUUUUUUGUUUUUUUUGUGGGUUGUGUUUUGUUGUUUUUCUUAGCACCAAAUUGAACACCAGUUAUAUUUUGUAACUGUAAUAUGAAAUGAUGGACCAGCCUUAACACGAAACUCUGUGCCUUUUUUAAAUUAACUUCACUUCCAUCCAUCACUGGCAAGACAAACAGAGAUGUGUACAGCCACAUGUUCUUUAUACGUCAAUAGCCAAAAGUUUUGCAUCACCCUAUAGAAUUAACUAAUUUUGCUUCAUAAAGUCGAAUGAAACCUGCUGAAUAAUGUUACAUUAACAUAUAACAUACCACUUUGUAGUUUUCCAUAUACUUAAUGAAAAACUGACAAAUUUUAAAAAUGUGACAUUUCAAAAUUUAACAUGAAAUACUGUACUGCUUAUUAGGGCUUCCGGUAGACUUUUGCAAUAUAAUUUUGUAGUUUCUUUGAGUACAUGAUAAAUAAGAUAAUUAUUUCAGAUAUAUAUAUAUA